AUGAUUGCGGAGAAGGCCACAUUGGUCUCGGAGCGGGCGAAGGAGCUUAUUAGUGGCGGCGGCAGCAUGGUGUCGCGGGCCCGCUCACUCAUCUCCGGCGAUGCGCAGUUUUUCUCGGUGCAGCCGAAGGAAGAGGAUCUGCGCCAGCACCUUGAUUCCGACUCGCUGCAGGAGAAGCGAAGCGCGAUGAAGCGCAUCAUUGCGCAAAUGUGCAAGGGGAAUGACAUGUCAAACCUCUUCGCAGACGUGGUGAAGAACGUUCACACCCCGUCCAUUGAACUGCGGAAGCUGAUUUAUUUUUACAUCACACACUACUCGGAAGAGCGCCCCAACGAGGCUCUGCUUUCCAUUUCUGCCUUCCAAAAGGACCUGAUGGACCCGAGUCUGCACGUACGCUCCCUUGCACUGCGGAUGCUUAGCACGAUACGCAUCCCAGCCAUUCAGCCACUGGUGCUGUUGGCGGUAAAGAAGUCUGCCUCGGACUCGGAGCCACUGGUGCGGAAAACGGCGGCCAUUUCUCUCGCGCAGAUGCACGCCAUUGACGCCGAGGAUGAGAACCGUGAGACGGUAAUGAAACUUCUUCGGCAGUUGUUAGCGGAUAAGUGUACGGAGGUGGCCUCGGCAGCCGCGCUCUCUUUUCUUGAGAUCUGCCCCGAUGAGACGGGCCUCAUUCAUCCCAUCUACUGUGACCUCUGCCGCUCGCUCAUCGACUGUGAGGAGUGGGGACAAGUGGUUCUGCUGCACGUACUUUUGCGUUAUGCGCGAACGCAGUUUAUGGACCCUAACCGUCCCCACAAGCCGCACGUGGUGGAACAAGGAAAUGAGGCGACGAAGAACGCAGCCAAGGAUACUGCGGGUGAUGCGGAUGCGGAUGCGGAUGUGUCAUUAACCUCCUCGUCCUCCUCGUCCUCCUCGCUCACGUCUUCCACGGGAGCUUCCUCGGAAGCACUUGCCCCGAGAAACGGAGACGGCCUCGAGGGGGCUGGCGAUGGCCUCCUUGACUUUCAUCAUCGUCUGCUUCUCGAUUCCGUCAAGCCACUCUUUAUGAGCCUUAACAGCGCCGUCGUUGUGGCUGCCACUUCAUUGUUUUAUUACUGCGCUCCUAGGAACGAGUUGGGUGUCUGCGUUCAACCCCUAAUACGUCUACUCGGCGGCCCCGAGGAGCGACACGCGAUUAUUCUUAGUGCCAUCUAUACGAUUGUGCUGUCGCAGCCAGAGCCGUUUGUUGCGCACAUCAAAGAUUUUUAUCUUCUUCCCUGUGAUGUGAGGGAUGUUCGGGAGCUUAAAAUACGAAUUAUGUCGAAACUGGUCACUGCGGGCAAUUGCGUGGAACUUUUUCGCGAGUUCCGCGUGUAUCUUCGUAACUUCCAUGUGGAGACCGUUGUGGAUGCGGUGCGCGGGCUUGGACUCAUCGCAGGACGGCUGCCAAAGUGCGCCUCCCAGAUUAUGCGUCUCUUGGCUCCUCUCAUGUCCCACCCCAACACGGAGGUGGUGUCGGAGUCCAUUUCUGUGCUGCGCCUGCUCGUCGUUCAGGGAAGUGACGCGGCACGCACGUGCCAGUUAGUGUACCGACUGCUGCAGCAGGUAAUGGAGGACGAGAUCGCGGUGUCGUCCGCGAAGGCCAGUAUUCUUUGGCUUGUAGGGGAGAACAUUCGGCGUCACGCGGCAAUUGCCACGGCGGCGCCGGAGUGCUUCCGUGUGUUUGCGAAGCGCUUUGUACAGGAGAGUUUGGAAGUGAAGAAGCAGGUGUUAAUGCUUGGCUGCAAGAUUUGGCUCUACCUUGAUGGCAGCAGUUCGAUGGCAGAUCGUUUUCGCAAACUCUUUUUUUACGUCUUGGAGGUGGCCCACUUCGACGAGGACUAUGAAGUGCGGGACUGCUGCCGUCUCAUUCGCUGCACGCUGGACCGUCAGAGCGACACCUUUGCGGCGCUGAAGAGCGUGCUGCUGAGUGAAAAGCCGCUGCCGCAGACGAACGACCCCUACGUGGAGCGCACGCAGUACCAGCUCGGCACCAUGUCCCACCUCUUUGGCAACUCCUUCUUCGGCUACCGCGAACUGCCCCCGUGGUCUGAGGUGGCAACAGACCCGCUGCUGCGUGGCUCUCUCUCCGCUCACGACGACGACGACGACGACUCGUUGCGCGACUCGAGCUCCGAAUCCUCCUCGACGCUCUACAGCAGCGCCAACGAAACGAGUUCGUCCGCGGAGGACGACAGUGACGAUUGUUCGUCGCGGUCCGCAUUCUCCGCGGACGCCUACAGCGACAAGGAGGAAGAGACGGAAGAGGAUGCAGGUACGUCGCGGUCCUCAUCCCCGUCCUCCUCGGCGCCGGCGGCUGCCUGCGUGGCGGUGGCGGCGUCUGUGGCGACGGACCGCGUGCCUGUCGAAGUGGCGGACCAACGCGUUGCUCCCGCCGCAGCGGGUGUCCCGGUGGGUGUGUCUCUCCAUGACAACGCGAAUGCCACGGAGGCGGGUGAGCAGAAGCGCGAAGAAGAAACACCCGCAGUGGAAGCCUCACUGGCUACACCCGCAUGCGACCCCGCCGGCGCCGCUAGCGCGGCGGCGGGUGAAUGCCGUUCUUCACCAGCGCUGGAGCCAUCCGUGGAGGAGCCGUGA